GGUAAAUUUCAACGGACUUUUUUCUGAGGCAGCAAAACUCAACAAGCUCGACUAAAUUUGCUCAAUUUACCAAAUUAAAUCCAUAAAAUAUUAAAAAACUAACCAGAAAAUGUCCACCAACAAUUUUCCUCAACUAAAUAUCUAUCCCCAAAAUCAAAUGGAGUAUAUACCUUCGCACCAAGUUAUUCCUGAUAUUAUUGCGCAUGACAAUGUGGCUCAAAAUUAUGAGCCUCCCCUAUCAGAAGGUCAGUCGUCCUCAGGUAUGUCUUGUUCUACUCCAAGCGUAGAAUUAAUGCAAAUAAAUGGACGCAAAGUCCUUGGACCACCCGAAGAUUGGGUUGGUCCUCCUCCCUCCAGUGUCUGUGAAUUAUUUGUGCGCCGCAUACCCAAAGACUUGAAUGAAAACAAACUUCUAGCUCCCUUUUUACGUUUUGGUCAAAUCUACGAAUUUCGUUUACCUUUGGACUUUAAUCAAGCUAAUCGUGGUUAUGCCUAUGUUAAAUACACCAACGAAGAAGAUGCCUCCAGUGCCAUGGAGGUCCUUAAUCAUUAUUACGUUUUCCCCGGACGUAAACUGGAAAUAUUACAUUCAUACGAAAAGUGCCGUCUAUUUGUAAGCAAUAUACCUAAACAUUUGGAAGAAUCAGAAAUUGAGGAAAGUCUUCGUACGAUAUUUCCUACUAUGCAACGGAUUUAUAUACGUCCUUCAUCGGCCACCAACUCAAAUGAUGGUAAUUAUAAUGCUGGUGUUGAUGGAGCAAUGCAACAACAGCAGGCGGGAACUUCAUCGGUGGGAGCUGGUUUAGGUAAUCGGGGUCAUGUUUUCGUACACUUUGCUACCCAUAUGCAUGCUUUAGAAGCUAAGAAAUGUAUUACGCCCGGCUUGGUUCGCAUGUGGGGACGUGAUUUGAAGGUGGUUUGGGCUAAUACCGAAAAAGAUAGUGACAUGUCAAAAUCGUCCAAAACCCUAUUUGUACGAAAUGUGGAUCUAACUGUGAAUAGUAGUGACAUCAUUGAUUUGUUGGUAAAACAUGUUCCACGUACGGCAAUACGCAAAAUUUCCAAAGUACGUACUACUGCCUUCUUCGAUUUUACGUCCCGUGAAGCGGCCGAAUAUUGCCUAAAAGAAUUACAAGGCAUCAUACUAAGAGGAAAACGAUUGGACCUAGAAUGGGCAAAGCCUUCAGAACAACAAUCUUUGCAUCGCAUGCGUAACAAAGAUUUUGAUGCUGUAUUGAGAUUAAAAUGUAUUGCGAAUGGUUGGCAUAUUCCGGUCAUAAUUUUUGGUUGUUAUUAUGAACAGGAACGUGUGCAAUAUGGCAUGGUAGUAUUACGUGAUUCCUUGGGAAAUGUUCGUGCUACUUUCUGUAUAUUAAAUUCCAAUGAAUUGGUGGACAUACAUUCACGCAUGUGUGAAGUGGUGUGCGUUUUGAUAGAAUCUGUUGGUGGUUUUCCGAGUUAUAAUUAUGUUUUUCAAGUCGAAAAAGAUGUGGCACAUUUGUUGGGCAUGGUUUCUCUUAAUUUACAUAAUGUGGAGUUUGUGGCAGCUUGUGGUGUACCCUCUGAAUUGAAUUUUGACUUGACUGAAAUCUUGGAUCUUAGUUGGGCUGCUAUAUCUUUAGCCCCCAUUUCUGAGGAGACCCUUUUGAAUGCCUAUAAAGAAAGUUUUCUGACGCAUAGCGAUUGCACUUAUUUGCAAAAUUGGCCUUUAAUACCGCAUCGUAUAUUUGGAACCAUUAUGCCAAAAUACCGCAAUAAACCUCCCUUGAAGUACAAUCUCAAUGAUACACAAAUUGUAAUGGCUUUAUGUUUUAAAGCCACUGGCACCAAUGUAUCUCUACCCACACGCCCUUAUAUGCCUUUUGCCGUUUGCGCUUUUAAACAAAUCUUUGAGGGUUUACGUUAUGUUUCAUUGCAGCUACUGCCAGUGGCUUUGACACAAUCUCGUUCGGUGGUCAGCCACAAUCUAAGUCAUAUACAAUUUGGUGGUUGCAAAUAUUAUCAUCCGGCUCAGCGUAUAUUAUCACCACCCCUAUGGUUAACUGGUUGUUCUUAUAACGAAUCCAUAAAACAGCCCGAGGUUUGUUUAAAUACUACCAUGGUCCAAACACCUGCAGCUACACAAGUACCCGAUCAGCUGGCGAAAUUUCAAAGUAAUUAUCAUGCAUCCGUACCAGCUGUAACCACAAAUAAUGUUGCUUGCCUAAUGCAAUAUCAUCAAGCACCGCAGCAUUUACCACAACAACAUCAGCAACAAUACUUUGCUGUAACGUCUCAACACCAACAACAACAGCAAGUACAAACACAACCUUCCUAUUUUACCAAUAUGCCAGCAUCUAUAGCUCCUUCCUUUACUUUGGCUCCUGGACAAUUUAUGUCCAUUCCUCAAAAUAAUUUUGGUUUGUCUACUUAAAGAUCACUUGAUCGGUUUCGUAAAUUUUAAUAUUUUUUUCUUUAAUGUGCAUGUAUCUUAUUAUUGAUGUUUUUAUUGUUUUAAUGUGUAGUUUAUUAAUUUUUUUAUUAUUGAUUUUCUUUUAAAAAUAUUUUAGCAUUUUAAUAAGAUUUCUGCAUAACUUUGGAGUGAAGUUUUAUGUUUUUUUAAUAUUAUUGUUCUUUUACCACAAAAUUUUAAUAUUUUUAUGUAAUAUUUUAAUUUGUUCCUUUUUUUUAAAUCCAAUAAAUAUUGGAAUCGCUUGAAAUGAAUAU